AUGGCCGAAGGACAACAUCCAUCGCUCGUCCCUCGCUGGACUGUCGCCGUGCAUGCCGUGCAGAUCCUCUUCGCCAUCGUGAUCCUCGGCUUUGAUGCGUACGGCAUCAAGUACAUCGCCUACAAUGCCCUCAUCUUCUCGCUUGUGGUGUGUCUAUGCACAAUGGCAGUCGCUGCCUACCUCAUUGCUUCGCAAACCAUCUUCCCCAAAAUGUACAACGUCUACAUUGCACUAGCAGUUCAUGUCUGGCUCCUCAUCUUCUGGGUUGUUGAUCUUGGCCUGGUUGCGAACCUGGCUGCCAUCGUAACCUGGGCUCUGACCGCCAUCAUUCUCCUCCUAGCUUGGAACAAGCAACGCACUGCCGGCACCACCAACGCUCACGUAAACCCCUCUGUGCCGCCUCAAUAUCAGAACAACGGCCAAGCCGUCCCGAUGGAAAAGUUCGACCAGCAGGCCGCCCCCGCUCCAGGACAGCAAUACGCCACGUCGCAAUCCCAGUAUGCGAGCCCACAACCGCAGUAUGCCCAGCCAGCACAACCACACUUCACCGGUGCUCCCUACGCCCAGGACCCAGUGCAGCGUCAGGAUACCGUCAGCCCGGUCUCGCACGCCGGCGGAUAUGCACACAACCCCAGUGUGUCUGGGGUGAGCUCCCCACAGCACAAUGGGCAGCACGCGUAUCCUCCCGCGCAGCAAGCGUAUCCUCCAAACGCUGCAGAGGUGCACACGGAUCCGUAUAAUCCCAAUGUUCCCGAGUUGGCGAAUCACAGGUAA